AUGACUACCAGCCAAGCGAAUUUUACCAGGAUAGACCAAAGCAUCGCCUCGCUGGAGGCAGGUCAGAGGAACCAAGGUGCUAUACUGCAGGACCUCCAGCAUCAGCUUGGAGGAAUAGCUCGUCAGAACAAUACUCGGGCACCGGGAACUCUACCUGCCACUACCAUCCCCAAUCCACGGGAGCCGCACCAGCAGCUGAAUGCCAUCACCACCUGGAGUGGCAAGUCCACAUCGGUGGUACCUGCCCAGGCUAGGCAGGAAUAG